AUGCCUCGAUCGCCAACACAGAAUACAAGUGGUACUUCGGAUGGGCAACACGAUGGGUUUGUUCACAAAAUAGCCAUCAAAUUGUCCCGCGCAAUAAACUCCAUCAACCCCAAUGACCUCUUUGCGAAACGAGUCAUUGACAUUGCGAAGAAUAACGCUAAUGAUGCCCAGAAGUUCCUUUCUGCGGCGCGUGGUUUUGGAAAUUUCAAGGAACAGUUCUUACUGGACCUUCACUCGGAAAUUACCAGCCACGAUAGGCAGGAGAAGGCAGGCCAUAUAGUCGUUCCGCCUGAGGGUAUGAUGGUUGAGGAUAGUGAUAUCCUGGAGCCCGAGCCUAUCAGGAAAGGUGGUCUGCAGCGCAGCGAUGCUCGACACACGUUUAAAACUCCUGCAAAGCCAUUAGAACCACCAACCCCGAGGCAGUCACUCCUGGGACUAGACAAACUAGCUGUCGAGAAGCGCAAAGUGAACGCCGAAGAAAUCAGCAGAAAGAAGCAGAAGUUGGGUGAAAGCGACUCUUCAGACAAGGGGCUGUUCAAAGUCCCAACACUUCCUGCAUCGAAGUCCAAUCUCCGUGAGCGUGUUCAAGAUACACCUUCUCACCAUGGUGGGUUAUCUGAGGCCGCUCGCCAGAAGCUUGAAGAGCGACGAAGGACGAGGGGCCAAGUACAUGGCGAUAGUGGAUUGUCAUCCCACUCCCACAAGGAGCCUGGUCCUGAUGCUCCACGCGGUCUUGGCGACUUUAAGCAAAGAUCCAAUCGUGCCGAACGGGAACGUGAUCGACGGGCUUGGGAUGCACCAACUCCCACUCCUGUUAGGAAUGGGCGAGAUGCUCCGAGUGUCCGCGUCCCCAAUGUUGCAUGGGAUUCUACACCAAGAAUCGGUAGCAUGGAUGGUGGCGACAGCGGCUGGGGUGGCGCACGGGAUCGUAAAUGGGAUGCUCCCACUCCCAGAGUCUCGCGAGGCGAUGGUGAUGAAGAGGAUAACGUCUCCUUCACCGCUGGACGAGAAUGGGAAGAAGAGCAGGUUAAACUUGACCGGGAUUGGUAUAUGGGAAGCGAGGGAGGAACACUUGCUGGGGACGAGGAACACAACCCACUUGCCCAAUACGACGACUUGGAAGCUAUUAGGCAGGCCGAGUUCCAAACGAAAAGAGUGAAACGAAUAUCAGCCCGACAAGCGCAAUAUAACGCUGAUAACGAUUUGUGGGAAGCAAAUCGAAUGCUAACAUCGGGAGUUGCUCAACGUGCUGAAGUUGACCUUGACUUUGAAGACGAAUCUGAAGCCGCAGUUCAUGUCAUUGUUCACGAUUUAAAACCGCCAUUCCUCGAUGGGCGCACUGUUUAUACUAAACAACUCGAGCCCAUCAAUCCCAUUCGCGAUCCAACAUCUGAUUUAGCGGUCUUUGCCAAGAAGGGAAGUGCAUUGGUGAAGGAGAAGCGUGAGCAGGCCGAGCGGCAAAAGGCAGCUGCCAAGUUAGCCUCUUUAGGCGGGACCGCCCUCGGAAACAUCAUGGGCGUGAAGGAUGAAGAUGCUGAUGCAGAAGCUGAAGGAGGCAGGGAUGGCAAUGCAGAAGGCAACUACAGGGGCGAGUCGAAGUUUGCGUCUCACCUUAAAACUUCGGCAUCGACAUCGGCACAUACGAGAUCGAAGACUCUCAAAGAGCAGAGGGAGUAUCUCCCUGCUUUUGCCUGUCGUGAGGAUCUUAUGCGCACCAUUAGAGACAGUCAAGUUAUUGUGGUGGUGGGAGAGACAGGAUCAGGGAAGACUACCCAGUUAGCUCAGUUUUUGUACGAAGACGGCUAUUGUCAGUAUGGUAUUGUUGGCUGCACCCAGCCCCGGCGUGUCGCUGCCAUGUCAGUUGCGAAGCGAGUCAGUGAAGAAAUGGAGGUGAAGCUCGGGACUACUGUCGGAUACGCCAUCCGAUUCGAGGAUGUGACCACCGAGUCAACUGUUAUCAAAUACAUGACCGACGGCGUACUGUUACGAGAGUCACUAAAUGAAGGCGACCUUGACCGCUACAGUGUCAUUAUCUUAGAUGAAGCUCACGAACGAUCACUAAGCACUGAUGUGCUCAUGGGACUACUGAAAAAGAUUCUUUUACGCCGACGGGAUCUGAAGCUCGUCGUGACAUCGGCCACCAUGAACGCAGAAAAAUUUUCUUCUUUCUACGGAAAUGCACCCAUAUUCACCAUUCCUGGUCGCACGUUUCCUGUGGAGAUUUUCCACAGCAAAAGUCCUUGCGAAGACUAUGUGGACAGUGCUGUCAAACAAGUCCUUCAAAUUCAUCUUUCGCUCCCCCCUGGAGAUAUCCUAGUCUUCAUGACUGGCCAAGAAGACAUCGAGGUUACAUGCCAAGUCAUACAAGAGCGGUUGUCACAACUUGAUGAUCCUGCUCCACUCGCCGUAUUACCCAUUUAUUCUCAGAUGCCAGCAGACUUGCAAGCUAAGAUCUUUGAGGCUACUCCCGAUGGUCGUCGCAAGGUUAUUGUUGCCACGAACAUCGCUGAAACAUCUCUCACUGUGGAUGGGAUCCUAUAUGUCGUUGAUUCCGGCUAUUCUAAAUUAAAAGUGUACAAUCCAAAAGUGGGGAUGGAUGCUUUGCAGAUCACUCCAAUCAGUCGAGCGAAUGCUAAUCAACGCACCGGUCGUGCCGGCCGAACGGGCAGUGGCUUCUGUUACCGACUCUACACCGAGAUGGCCUUCCAGAACGAAAUGUUUGAAACUAAUAUUCCUGAGAUCCAGCGCACAAAUUUGGCGAACACUGUGUUGCUGCUGAAGUCUUUGGGGGUAAAGAAUUUGCUAGAAUUUGAUUUUAUGGAUCCUCCUCCACAGGCAAAUAUCCUCAACUCCAUGUACCAACUUUGGGUUUUGGGAGCGUUAUCAAACACAGGGGACCUUACACCGAUCGGCCGGAAGAUGUCCGAGUUUCCAAUGGAGCCAUCGAUGGCCAAAAUGCUCAUCGUAUCAGUCGAAUACAAGUGUUCAGCGGAGAUGCUGACCAUUGUUAGCAUGCUGAGCGUGCCAAGUGUAUUUUAUCGUCCCAAGGAACGCGUUGAAGAUGCUGAUGCUGCGCGAGAGAAGUUUUCGGUUAAUGAAAGUGAUCAUUUGACCUUGCUUAAUGUCUUCGGUCAAUGGAGAUCGCACGGGUAUCGGGAUGAUUGGUCUCUGCGCCACUUCCUUCAUCCCAAGCUUUUGAGAAAGGCUCGAGAAGUCCGCCAACAACUUGAAGACAUCAUGAAUUUUCAAAAAAUGGUCAUAGUAUCAGCUGGCACGGAUUUUGAUAUCGUGAGAAAGGCUAUCUGCGCUGGCUACUUUCAUCAAGCGGCCAAGGUCAAAGGCAUUGGAGAAUUCGUCAAUAUCAGGACAGGUGUCCCGACGCAUUUACAUCCCACCAGUGCUCUAUAUGGCCUCGGCUAUACUCCCACAUAUGUGAUUUACCAUGAAUUGAUCAUGACCUCUAAAGAAUACAUGACUCAAGUGACCGCCGUUGACGCAUACUGGCUUGCCGAACUCGGAUCCGUCUUUUACUCUGUCAAAGAGAAGAACUUUGACGGCCGAGCCCGGAGAAACAAAGACCGGGAAUUCUCCAAGAAAGCGGAGCUGGAAAUGGAAAUGGCACGACAAAGAGACGAAUUGGCUGCUAAAGAGGAGGAAGAGAAACUCGCUGCAAAGGCAGCCAGGCCAGCUUCAAAAGUAGCUGUGCCAGGGACACCUCGCACAAUUGGAGUUGGAGCUGGUUCUCGCGUUGUGCAGACGCCUAGAAGACGCCUUGGUAUUUAA